AUGGAUUUCUGGAAGGCUGUACUCGGAGGAUCUACCCCUGAUGGCAUAUCCACUGCUCGCCUCGCGGUGGUAGCUAUCACCACAGCAUACACCCAGUUUCUAGCAUACAGAGUGUGGAUAGUAAUCUACAAUCUCUACAUCAGCCCGUUAUCCAUAUUCCCCGGCCCCAAACUAGCAGCAGUCACCAACCUCCCCAGUCUAUACUGGACAUCCACAGGACAAAACCAAUACAAACUCAAACAGCUCCACGACAAGUACGGUGACGUCGUCAGAAUAAGCCCUACAGCACUCGUCUACCGAAGUGCCCAAGCAUGGAAGGAUAUCUACGGCCAUCGUAAAUCAGGGGAUGGGUCAUUUCUCAAAGAUCCUAAAUUCUACCUCAGGGGACCGAAUGGACCUAACCUCCUCAAUGCGGAUGAGGCCGACCAUGCGAGGGGGAGACGACUUCUCUCCCAUGCUUUUUCUGAAAGAGCCCUGCGAGACCAGGAAGGUCUUAUCCAGUCCUACGUGGAUUUACUAGUUGAACGAUUGAACGGAGAGAUCAAGGCUGCUAGAAAAUCGGUCGAUAUGACCCAAUGGUACAAUUUCACCACGUUCGAUAUCAUCGGCGAUCUAGCCUUCGGUGAACCAUUCGACUGUCUACGCGAAAGCCAGUAUCAUCCAUGGGUGAAGAUGGUUUUUAUGAGUACCAAGAUGGCCAUCCUCCAGCGACCGCUGGUGGUAUAUCCCUUCCUAGCUCCGAUUGUGAGGGGGUUACUUCCCAAGACACUAGCCCGAAUGCGAGCAGCUCAUUUUGCAUUGAGUGCGGAGAAGGUCCACCGUCGAUUAGAGACCAAGACUGAACGGCCUGAUUUCAUGACUUAUGUCCUUCGAUUCAACGAUGACCGCGCCAUGACUGCCCGUGAAAUGGAGAGUAAUGCUGCACUGUUGAUUCUUGCCGGAAGCGAAACGACUGCGACACUGCUAUCAGGCUUCACAUACUAUUCCCUCAAAGAUCCUGCAGUCUACAAGAAACUAGUAGACGAGAUCCGAGGAUCGUUCACUUCUUACGAGGAGAUUGACUUCCAAAGAAUCAGCCAGCUGAGUUACUUGAACGCAGCUCUGGAAGAAACACUGCGUGUUUACCCACCCGUUCCAGCGAUGAUACCGCGAGUAGUACCUCCAGGGGGAGCAGUGAUUGAUGGCACGUUUAUACCGGAGGGAAUAUCCGUGUCUGGACACCAUUAUUCAACAUACCAUGCCGAAGCUCAUUUCGCCGAGCCGGACUCGUUUAUUCCGGAGCGAUGGCUCGAGAGUCGAGAUGAGCGGUUUGAGAAUGAUGAUCGGUCUGUACUUCAUGCGUUCUCACUCGGGCCUCGGAAUUGUCUUGGGAGGAAUCUUGCAUAUGCCGAGAUGCGACUUAUUGCGGCCAAGCUUCUGUGGAGUUUCGACAUGAAUUUGGAAGAAAGUGCUACGGGUUGGCAUAUUCAGAAAUCAUUCAACGUUUGGGAGAAGAAGCCGCUGAUGGUGAAAUUAUCACCAGCGCAGCAUAUGUAA